AUGAAGGUGAAACAUUUCCUAUCAAAAAUAAAGAAAAAAAUCAAAGCGAUCAAGAACAAAAAACUUAAACUUCAUGUUGAUACUGAGGCUGAAACUGCAAGCACCAACAAACCCACUCUACCAACCGAUUGUCUCGUCGAAAUAUUGCAAUAUUUAGUCGACGACAAAGCCACACUAUUUUCCGCAGCGUUAGUAAGUCGAACCUGGUGUCGAAUUUCUAUUCCAUUCCUAUGGUCGUCUAUUAACGUGAAUCGCAACAAAACCAGCCUAAUCGAGACUUUUAUUAAAUGUAUGAAUGAUGAUGAAUGUGAAGCGGUAUCUGAAUAUUUGAAGCCAUCUUAUCCGCCACCGCUUUUCUUAUACACUUCGUAUGUUAAAGAACUGGACUGGAAUAAGGUGGAUUAUCUUUUCGUUGAUAAUCAGCAGGAUCCAAGUAAUAGGAAAUCAAUUUGGAAAAGCAUUUUACAAAUGGCAAAUAAAGAGGAGAAAGAAAAGAUAGUUAAGAGAAUGAUGACUCAAAUAUGUACACUUAUUUUCAGAACCGCCACUAGCCUGGAAAAGUUUGUGGUUGACAUACGUCGAACUCGGCGCGCUAUACCGGCAUUUGCUAUGCUGCCUAAUUGUUCUGCUAUCUUUUCUCGAUUGAAAGAAGUUCAGUUGAUAGGAUCCGCAGGUGUCAUGUAUUAUGAUGUUGCUUCAGUUUCGAGUCGAGAGAUAAUACGUCUGAUGCAAUCGGUUUCUUCUAAUAUCGGAUCUUUGAAAAUUCAUUUAUCCUUAUAUCAUGGAUGUAUUGACGAUCUCUGCGACCUAAUCAAAAUACAAAAUCGGCUAGAGCACGUUAGUUUCACUGGAAUUAACGAUGACCACCUUCCCGUUAUUCAAGUUCUACAAACCCAAGCGAAAUGGCUAGUUAGUCUUGAAUUCAAAAACACAUGUAUUUUCGAUUCCAUAAUAUCAUUGCUAAGCAACCUUGGUAUUUUCACGAAAUUGGAGUCAUUGAUAUUCAACGAUUGUUAUCCAAAGUAUAAUCUGCCUAUUGUCCGAAAAUUCGUAUCUCAACCUCCAAGAUGUCUACGCAAGUUAUAUAUUGAUUACAAUUUCAUUCAAAACGAUGAUGAAUUUCUAGUCAUGUUGAUAGAAACUUCGGGAAGAUACCUGGAGGAUUUAAUUAUCAUGAAAGAUUGUUCAGAAACAAUGUACAAAGCUAUCGGAAAAUAUUGCAAGAGUCUUUUAUCUUUGCAAAUCAAUCCCGCCAAGCUUGAAAGUUUAUCAUUAUCUGAAGUAAUUGCUAAAUUACAAAAUUUAAAACACCUUUCGCUUGUAGACCCAUUUGGAAUAAAAGGAACAUUUCCUGAUGAACUUUGGGCAGAAUUAUCACGAAAGUCAAGCAGCAAUCUUUGUUCAUUGCAUUUCAACUACUCGCAAACAACUCCACGAGCAUUAACGAAUUUCCUCUCGAAUCGUGGGGAACCGAUAAAAGUUUUUGAGUUUGGUCGACACGUUCACCUUACUGAUGAACACUUGUUGGCUAUUCUUAAUUAUUGCAAAGAGAGGCAAGUUUUCGUAAAGAUUUAUUCGUUGCACUUUAGGCAAAUGGAAAAAUUCGAUUCGUCUUUAAUAAAGCAACUUGAAGAAUGGGUGAGACUUGUCCCAAGGAUUUGA